AUGAGCGCGCCCUCGGAGCGCGGGGGGGCCACGGCCCCGGGGGUGGUGCCUGCGCCCUGCGCCUCGAAGGUGGAGCUGCGGCUCAGUUGCCGGCACCUGCUGGACCGCGACCCGCUCACCAAGUCCGAUCCCAGCGUGGUGCUGCUUCUGCAGUCGCAGGGCCAGUGGGUGCAGGUGGACAGGACCGAGGUGGUCCGGAGCAGCCUGCACCCCGUGUUCUCCAAAGUCUUUACACUCGACUACUAUUUCGAGGAGGUGCAGAAGCUACGCUUCGAGGUCUACGACACACACGGGCCUGGCGGUCUCAGCUGUCCGGAGGAUGACUUCCUUGGGGGCAUGGAGUGCACCUUGGGGCAGAUUGUGGCCCAGAAGAAGGUGACCCGACUUCUGCUUCUUAAGUCUGGCAGGAACGCUGGCAAGUCCACCAUCACGGUGAUAGCAGAGGACAUCUCAGGGAAUGAUGGCUACGUGGAGCUGUCCUUCCGGGCCGAGAAGCUGGACGACAAGGAUCUGUUCAGCAAGUCAGACCCCUUCCUGGAGCUGUACCGGGUCAACGACGACUGGAGUGAGCAGCUGGUGUACAGGACCGAGGUGGUGAAGAACAACCUCAGUCCCGUAUGGAAGCCCUUCAAGGUGUCUCUGAACUCCUUGUGCAGCUGUGAGGAGACAAGGCCCUUGAAGUGCCUCGUCUGGGAUUAUGACUCCCGAGGGAAGCACGACUUCAUCGGCGAGUUCUCCACCACCUUCCAGGAGAUGCAGCAGGCCUUCGGGGAGGGCCAGGCACAGUGGAACUGUGUGAAUGCCAAGUACAAACAGAAGAAGCGCAACUACAAGAACUCAGGGGUGGUUAUCCUGUCCCACCUGAAGUUCCACAGGGUCUACUCCUUCCUGGACUACAUCAUGGGUGGCUGCCAGAUCCACUUCACUGUGGCCAUUGACUUCACGACCUCCAACGGCGACCCCCGGAACAGCUGCUCACUGCACUACAUCAACCCCUACCAGCCCAACGAGUACCUGCGGGCCCUGGUGGCCGUGGGCGAGAUUUGUCAGGACUACGACAGUGACAAGAGGUUUUCUGCUUUGGGGUUUGGAGCCCGAAUCCCUCCCAAGUAUGAGGUGUCCCAUGACUUUGCCAUCAACUUCAACCCUGACGAUGACGAAUGUGAAGGCAUCCAGGGUGUAGUGGAGUCCUACCAGAACUGCCUGCCCAAGGUCCAGCUCUAUGGCCCCACCAACGUGGCACCCAUCAUCAACAAGGUGGCCCACACUGCCGCUGCCGAGGAGCGCACUGGGGAGGCCUCCCAAUACUACAUCCUGCUCAUCCUGACGGAUGGUGUGGUCACCGACAUGGCGGACACGCGAGAGGCCAUUGUGCACGCCUCCCACCUGCCCAUGUCCAUCAUCAUUGUGGGCGUGGGCAACGCCGACUUCACGGACAUGCAGAUCCUGGAUGGGGACGACGGUGUCCUGCGCUCCCCCCGUGGCGAGCCUGCUCUCCGCGACAUUGUGCAGUUCGUGCCCUUCCGAGAACUCAAGAACGCAUCCCCCUCAGCACUGGCCAAGUGUGUGCUGGCUGAGGUGCCCAAGCAGGUGGUGGAGUACUACAGCCAUAAGGAGCUGCCGCCGCGAGGCUUCAACACCCCUUCCCAGGAGGCCAGCUCGGGCUUGGCCCCGUGA